AUGGCUACGGUUCCCGUAAAAGUAAAGCACAAUGGCAAAGUGUAUGACAUCUCGCUAGAUACCAAUGGCACAGGCCUAGCCUUUAAGGAGGCCAUCGCGCAGGCGACGUCGGUGCCGACCGACCGCCAAAAAGUCAUGAUCAAGGGUGGUCUUCUGAAAGACGAUACAGAGAUCAGCAAGCUCAAUGUACGGGCGGGACAUCAAUUCAUGGUGCUUGGUGCUGCAGGAGAACUUCCCAAGGCCCCGGCGAAGCCUGUCCAGUUCCUAGAGGACAUGCAGGACGAAGAGCUGAACAAGGCCGCGAACUUGCGGGUAGGCCUGGUAAAUCUCGGUAACACCUGCUACCUAAACUCGACCUUGCAGGUACUGCGCACGAUUCCGCCCUUGCAAGAGGCCCUGUCGGCCUACACAGGCCGCGUCGGCGCGAGCGAUGGCGACGCGACAUUGGUGGCGUCGAUGCGUGACUUGUUCAGCGAUAUGAGCAAAACCACGGAGGCGGUGCCGCCUCUCAUCUUUCUCACGGUGCUUCGUAAGCUUGCGCCCCAGUUUGCAGAGACAGCCGAAGGCGGUGGGUUUGCGCAGCAGGAUGCAGAGGAAGUGUGGGUGCGAAUCAUGCAAGCGCUCUCGCAGCUGCCAGCCGCAGGUCAGCCCAGGGAGAAGUUUGUGCCGCAGUAUGUGACAGGGCACAUGACGAUUGAGCGCUCGUGUGCAGAGACGAGCGACGAAGCACCGACGCAUCUGGAAGAGCCAUUCCAGAUGCUGCAGUGCAACAUAUCCAGCUCGACCAACGAAAUGACCGCUGGCAUUUUGGAGUCGAUGACGCAACAGCUGGAGAAGCAUUCGGAUCAGCUAGGACGUACAGCGCUGUACAAUGAGAAGCGCCGGAUUUCCCGACUGCCGGCGUACCUCUCUGUGCACUUUGUGCGGUUCUACUGGCGUCGCGAUAUUAACAAGAAGACCAAGAUCAUGCGCAAAGUCAAGUUCCCGAUGGAGUUGGAUGCGAGUACCUUUGUUACGGAUGACCUGGCUCGCCGUCUGGCUCCUGUUAGUGCGAAAAUCAAGGCCAUUGGAAAGGACCGGGAAGAGCGCGCGAAGCUUAGGGCGCGUGUGCAGGGCCGCUCCAUGGAGGCAGGUGCCGUCGAAGGCGGUGCGCUGACGGACGAGGAAGAGGUGGCACAGCGUGCAAAAGAGCGGGAGCAAGUCGAUGCGUUGAUCGACGCAGACUUGCGCUCCGAUGCUGGCUGCAAUCCAAGUGGCUUGUACGAGCUUGUGGGCAUCGUCACACACAAAGGUGCUGCGGCGGAUGCGGGGCAUUACAUGUCGUGGGUGCGGCAAGAAGACACGUCGCAACCACUUCCGCCGCCCGCCAGCAUGUGGUACAAGUUUGACGACGACAAAGUCUCGUUGGUACCCACCGAGAAGAUCGAGACACUCUAUGGUGGCGGCGAAGACUCCGUAGCGUACAUUCUGCUGUACCGUGCGAAGGCUUUGUAA